ACACACAUGUACACGUGCACACACACCCACAUACUGCUUUGUAAGUGGCAUGUGCCGCCUUGUGAUCUUGGUCUCUAGAGUCACUGUGGUCGAGGCGUUCUCACAAAUGCUUGGAAACUUCGAGAAUGUAGCUUUUAACGAGGGCCUAUGAACACGACGGAAUUUGUUGGUAAAAUUCCUGGUCUGUUAUCCCAGGGCUUUGCAGAUAGGAAUGCUGUGGGAAGUCCUUGUGCUCAGAGCUCUGGUUUUCCAGAGUGGGGCUUCCGUCCGUGUCGUGAGUGCUUCGGACAUGCCAGGCGCAGGUCUCCCGAGGUGAUCGGGUCUCUGAGCAGCACGUCCUCGCACAGGGAGCCUGUGUGAGCACCGUGGCCCCCAGGCGCGUCCCGCCCCCCUCCUGCUUUCAGCGGGUCGUGCACUCUGGGUUAAGGCAGUUUGACAAAGCACUGCGUUCUCCUGCUCCGAAGGGGUCCACACUCUGUCCUAGCGUCCACAGAAACAUCUCUAAAAGCUGAAAGCCCUUUUCUGGAGCUCCUGUCGCUGGGGGCUGGGCUGAGGGGCCGGGCGGCUUGCAGAGACCCCCGAACAGAAGGGUGGCUGCAAACACAGGCUACGUGUCGGGAGAAGAGGCCGAGCGUCCCUGGAAGGAACGCCCCGCGUGUGGCCUUGGCUCCUUGUGAGAGGUCACCUGCCGAGGAAGCGCUGACCCUCCCCACGAGGAGACACGAGCUGUGCUGCGAUUCUGUGCGGGGAGGCUCAUCGCCACUGGUUUUGUCGCCUCUGUCCAGGCCUGACACACAGCAACUGUCCACGUCCUCCUGGAAUUUCAAACACUGGACACACUGCGGGGGACGCUGUCCAGUGCCUCACGGUCACACACCGAAGUCGCAGCCUCCCCAGAGCCACUCCGAUGUCUUACUGUAUUUUGCAUCUGCAAAGUGGGACUGUUUUUUUCUACAAUCAUCACCUUCGUGAGACUGGUUUCCUCUCUCGCUCUGAACUCACUUCGCGUUAGCUUCAUGCUCCCAGGGACAAAAUGAAGACACGUCGAGACGUUGGCGACUUUCAUCUAGAAACCACAUUCAGUCCGAUGUUCAAAGCGUUUGCAAAGACAGCAGAUAAUAGCACAAAGGCUCCUCAGAUUCAAUCUCAGGCCAGAUUGACCUUUAGCGUCUGCAUCUGCACUCACCUGGCUGUGUCUGGACCGCCCAGUGGUCUGUCUGGUGGCUCACACACGUGAACUCACACUCGUCAGACCUUUUGUCUUGAUUUCUCCUUCAAAGGUAGCGGCUAAAAUAUCAGCGAGAGCAAUUGGCACUUCACGUCCGCCUGGACACUGGGCAGAAAGCCUGUUCUGCGUGGCCGUCCGUGACCUGAAGCACAUCGCAGGCGUUUUCCCUGGACCCACGGCAGUCACACUCACUGUUCAGGAACAGCCAUGCCCGAGGAGGAAGUACAAGCUAAAUAACAUCCUCUUUUUGAGGAUGUUUUUGGAUGUUUUGGUGAUGCAGGUGCAGUGGGAAGGAAAGACUGCAUUAUGUCUUAAUCAAACCAGAGCAGAAGUUGGAGAGAAGGGUUUCUACCUUAUUUUCAAUGUGUAUCAACAACGGUAGAUAAACAAUGACAUUGAUAGCUAGGGCACUGGGUUAGGACUCUGCAUAGUUGGGUUUAACAAUUUUUUUUUAAUGUUUAUUUUUGAGGGAGAGAACUUGAGCAGGGGAGGGGCAGAGAGAGAAAGGGAGAGAGAGAAUCCCAAGCAAGCUCCACUCUGUCAGCACAGAGCCCGACACGGGGCUUGAGCCCACCAACUUAACCGUGAGAUCAUGGCCUGAGCCGAAGUCAGACACUCAACCAACUGAGCCGCCCAGGUGCCCCCCACCUCCCAGGACUCUGCACAGGUUUUAAUUAAACUCUUUAGGUAUCCGGUCUGAUCUUGGACAAGGCUUCCUUUUAUAAAUCCAAGAGCUUAAAACUUUGAAAAUGACAAAAUGUGAGUUUUUACUUAAUGUCACCAUAUUUCAAUUCCAGUACAAUUUUAAGCAUCCUGAAUAAGUUAAUCAAGCACUCCAGCACUAGGAAUGAAGUAAGUUACUAUCUGUUGAUUAAAUCUGCUUGCUUAUGAUUAAGGUCGUAUGGCUUCCAUUAAUUUUCAGUGAAGCCAGAUUCACGAAUUGAUAAGGACUGAUAGCCAUUUAAACAAACAGGAAUAUCUGACAUCUUAAGUUGUGAAAUAUCUCAAACACCAUAAAUGAUGUGUAAAAGGAAAUAGACAAGUUAUCCUUUGCCUUGGAUGCUUUAAAUUUCCAGAAAAACCAAAUGAUACCAAGCUGGGAAAACGUCCCCUUCCUUCCUUCUUGGGAAGUAACCUCUAUGCCAGAUUCCUUCCUCUUCUUUUCACAUCCUGUAAACAACCUACAGGAUUUUACUUCAUGUGCAGGAUGUGGACGGUAUUGCAUGGUAUCUUUGUACCAACUGCAAACCCUCAAAAAUUCGAAGUUGUGUUUUUGAGAUGUAUUCAUAGUCAUGUAAAUUAGCUCAUUUUCAUGUAUAUAGUGAUUUUGGCAGACACGAGAGUAGUCUAAAAGCAGUCUAGUGAAUUCCAUUUGUGCAGCAGGACACAAAGCAUUCUCUCUAAAACACAGGACUGAGCACGGUCGCUGCCAGGUCACCUUCCCUGCACUUCCUCACAAACCAUCAGUGGCUCUCCACUGUAACCAACACGGAGGGGCUCCAUGGACGUGGCUGGUCCUCCGCAGUACAGCCAGCCGCUUUCUGUUUCUAGAACCGGUCAGGCUUGUUUUCACCCCAGAACCUCCCCGUGGCUGCUCUCUCCCACCUUCCCUGCUAACUGCUACCCCUCUCAGCCGUCAGCCUACCUUCCAUACUCUUGGAGGACUCUUUCCCCAUCCCAGAGUAGGAAUCCCGUCCACCAUCAUCAGCUCUCAGAAGUGUGUGUUUCCUUCAUGGCACCCGCCACGGUUUGUAUUUCCAUUAGAGUUCAUGUGACGGCUUUAGGUUCACCUUCCUCACGAGCCCGUGAGGGCCAUGGGGCCUGGGGCCACACCUGUUGUGUUCCUCGGUGCUUCCUGGUAUGUCGUACACUUCCUGCUACAUUGUGGGUGUGCAACGUGAUCAACGAGGAAUGAGCCAACGAAUGCACAUUGUUCGUUAUUUAUCGGUGCUGAGGGAUCCAUGGGAAGUUAACAGCACAACUGAGAAAAACCGGGAUUGAGUUGGCACGGGGAGUCUCUUAUUUUCCGGCUUUCCGUCACUGUGGGACACUCCACUUUAUUUCAGUGGAGGCACAGAACAGAUUUACUCGGAAAGGGCCAGGUUCACCCAAAUACUGCUCAGAACUGCAUUUUAUAGCUACAAUUUGCAGACUGUCAGUGAUUCUGUAACCUUAGUGCUCACACUUGGAUGUUGGGCCAAAUCCAUGAUUCUUGAAUCUUGACCCACGAAGAAAGAGAGAUGCUUCUAUUUAAACAGAUUCUGAGUUUGCAUUCUUUUUUUUCUAUUAAGUUUUUUGACGUUUAUUUGUUUUUGAGAGAGAGACAGAGCGUGAGCAGGGGAGGGGCAGAGAGAGAGAGGGAGACACAGAAUCCGAAGCAGGCUCCGGGCUCCGAGCUGCCAGCACGGCCAAGGAUGUGGGCCCAGAGAGCCCGCGAUGCCUUGGCCUUUAGCGCAGCGCUGUUGAGCUGCCCUCAGAGCCGGGAGCACAGCGCCUGGAGCAGGACGCCUCGGGCUGACCGGCAGGGGUGCUCACCCCCAUGGCCCCCGUGGCUCCCGUGGCCCGCUCCGCUGGUGAACACAUGGAAUGAGCCCGGGGAAGGUUUUCCUGAGGCCACGCGGUCAACGCUCCAGACAUGGGAAAAGAGAAGGCUGCCGUGGUUUGGGUCUGUUGCUAAUUUUUUUGGUUUUCUGAGACUAGGAACUCGAACUGUCUGGGCUUCAGGCAUUUUCUCCUUUACUGAAUCAAGACGGUGGUGACACUUGUCCUCACGCAUGGAUCGCGAGGGGGCUCGUCUGGGUACACGGGUGGGGCUGUUCGCGCUCCUUCGUCCCGCUCGAGGCUUUCUGUGCUGCUGUCGGGGCGGGGACCUCGCUGUGCUUGCUUUCCCGGCAGGAGCUGUGCUGUGCCCGGUUCUCUCUAAACGUCCCGCUUAACCCCCUGGGCGAUGCAGCGCUGCGGUUCUUGUCUUCAGCCAGUCUGACUGUGGUUUCCAGGGACGGGAAUCCCACCCAAGUCAGCAUAGGCUACAGAUGGAACUUAUUAGCUCACCUCCCUGACCCGCGGAGGCAAGGCCCUUUCUCCUCCUGCAUCAACUGGAAGGCUGAUGUGUCACUGCCGCAAAAGACCUGGCUUGAGGCCGUGCUCCGCUGAACCCGGCACCGAGGAGCGGGCCGGGCCCGGAGCAGCCCUGUAAUUAAAACCCACCCGCAUCUUCUAGGAUUACAGAGCAGUAUCGUUUAUCUAGGAAAUGGAGAACCCGGCAUAGUUGUGGAGGAGAUUAGAAAGCCCAUCUUUAUUUCAACCCCCAAUCCCUUUCAAGAACUCUUUUUGAACAAGAAGAGUGUGGUGACACCAUAUGGAAACACCUGAUGUUCCACAAAGGAAGAGGCUCCUGAUGGAUCCGUGAGGAAGGCCAGCUCUCAGGGCAGUAAUUGUGUUUUUCUAACACCUGGGCAAGUGAAUUAUGGACACCCCCCGGGGGUGAACAGUGCGCACGCAGACGCAUCAGGACUGCUGCUGAUGCUGCGAGGCGAGACUAAUAUAAAUGGGAGUCGUACAAAUAAAAGCUCCGUGGGGGGGCUCGCUACCGAAGCCCGAGUUCAAGUCCCCCUUCUGAAGUUUAGAGACAGCCUGCCUGGGUGGUGUUUGUCCUCGGACCCAGUGAGGAGACCCAGAGUGAUGAACACUGACUCGGAAGGAGGGGGCAUGCCCCGGUGGGUCAGCCGUACCCAGUAGCCCAGUGCUUUGGGGACGGAGCCGCGGAUACCCGGCCGGUGCCUGCGCGGGACCCUCAUCAAAGCAUCAGUGCUGUGGCCUGGGGACCAAGCCACGGAGACCCCGACGCCCGGCUGGCCAGCGGUAGCGUGCCUGCGGUUCAGCAGCUCAGCCGAGUGCAUCCAGGGCCGACCCCCUCCUGCACGCGGGAGAGGGCAGCGCUGUGUGAGCGCCACGGGGGCUGUGGACGCAGAAGUGAAAUCUGAUCGCGGGCCAGGAAAAGCCUGCGCAGCUAGAGCCCAGAGGAACCGCCGACCUUGAGUCAGGGCGCGGUCAUGGUGGGCUGCUGAGCGGGGGUCGGGCCGCGGCGGCGGCGAGCGCAGGCAGGCCCAUGGAGAACCCGGUGCCCCCCUGCGCCCUCUACCCCCGGGAGGACCAGGGCCGCGGGGCCGAGGCCGGGGACGCCUUUGCGCAGGGAGCGUGCGGCCAGGCCGGGGACCGGGGCGGCGCUGCCGCAGCUCCGGGAGAGGGCAGCCUGCAGCCACCGGACGCGCAGACACCCUGCAGUCUGAGCGCGUCGCUGUGCUUCAGCUCCGGGGACGACUCCCCGCCGCAGUCUCGCGCCUCCGCGGCGGAGGGCGCAGCGACUCCCCCGCCCUCGCGUCGCAGCGGCCAGCGGGUGGUGGAGAGGCAGUGGGAGGUCGGCAGCGCGGGCGCCGCGUCCCCCGCGGACUCCGCGUCCCCGGAAGAGCCCGCGUCCGCCGAGGAGCGCGCGUCCCCGGAAGAGCCCGGGGAGCCCGCGUCCCCGGAGGAGCCCGCGUCCCUGGAGGAGCCGGUGUCCGCCGAGGAGCCCGCGUCCCCGGAGGAGCCCGCGUCCCUGGAGGAGCCCGCGUCCCCGGAGGAUCCCGGGGACCCCGCGCCGGUGCCCCCCGGCGUCGGGCCCGCGCACGGGGAGCCCGACCUGGUCAUCGAGGUGUCCGGCCGCCGGCUGCGGGCGCACAAGGCGGUGCUGGCGGCGCGCAGCGACUACUUCCGCGCGCGCGCGUCGCGGGACGUGCUGCGGGUGCAGGGCGUGGGCUGGGCGGCGCUGCGCCUGCUGCUGGCCUACGCGUACAGCGGCCGCAUGGCGGGCGUGCGACCCGACAACGUGGCCGAGGUGGUGGCCGGCGCGCGCCGCCUGCAGCUGCCGUGCGCCGUGCAGCGCGCCACCGACGCCGUGGCUCCUCAGCUGAGCCUGGCCAACUGCUACGAGGUGCUGAGCGCGGCCAAGCGGCAGCGGCUGGCGGAGCUCCGCGACGCGGCCUACCGCUUCAUGAGCGACCACUACCUGGACGUGCUGCGCGAGCCCGCCGUGUUCGGGCGCCUGUCGGGCUCCGAGCGCGACCUGCUGCUGCGCCGCCGCCUGCGCGCCGGCCGCGCCCGCCUGCUGGCCGCCGCGCUCGGGCCGGCCGGGGAGCGCGCGGGCAGCCGCCCGCAGAGCCCGUCGGGGGACGCCGAGGCACGCGGCGACGCCGCCGUAUACUGCCUGCACGAGGCGGCCGGCGAGUGGCGCGAGCUGACGCGGCUGCCCGAGGGCGCGCCGGCGCGGGGCUGCGGGCUGUGCGUGCUCUACAACUACCUCUUCGUGGCCGGCGGCGUGGGGCCCGCGGGGCCCGACGGCCGCGCGCGCCCCUCGGACCAGGUCUUCUGCUACAACCCGGCCACCGACCGCUGGAGCACCGUGCGGCCGCUGCGCCAGGCGCGCUCGCAGCUGCAGCUGCUGGCCCUGGACGGCCACCUGUACGCCGUGGGCGGCGAGUGCCUGCUCAGCGUGGAGCGCUACGACCCGCGCGCCGACCGCUGGGCCGCCGUGGCCCCGCUGCCCCGGGGCGCCUUCGCCGUGGCGCACGAGGCCGCCACCUGCAACGGCGAGAUCUACGUGUCCGGGGGCUCCCUCUUCUACCGCCUGCUCAAGUACGACCCGCGGCGCGACGAGUGGCAGGAGUGCCCGUGCAGCAGCAGUAGGGAGCGCUCCGCCGCCAUGGUGGCCCUGGACGGCUUCAUCUACCGCUUCGACCUGGGCGGGGGCCGCGGCGACUCGCAGGCGGCCGCCGCGCCGGCGGGGGGCGUCAGCGUGCUGCGCUACCACUGUCUGGCCAAGCAGUGGAGCCGCUGCGCCGCGCACCUGCGGCCCCCGGGCGCGCCGUCCGGCCUGCAGCCCUUCCGCUGCGCCGCGCUGGACGGCGCCAUCUACUGCGUGAGCCGCGCGGGCACCUGGCGCUUCGUGCCCCCGCGGGACAGCGAGCCCGGCGCGGACGUGGGCGCGGGCGAGGGCGGCAGCUUCGAGCCCGCGCCGCUCCGCGCCCCCUUGGACGCCCGAGGCGCGCUCUUCCCGUUCGUGCUCAACCUGCCCGAGAAGCCGGACCGAGGCGAGGAGGGCGCCGCGUAGGGCGGGCUGGGGCCACCUGGGCAUCUCCCUCAGGGACGCCCCCCGUGGGCCGAGAUUCAAGUGGGGAGAGGGGGAGGGGGGGCGGGGAGAGAGAGAGUGGGCGCUGUCCGCGGGGACCACUGAAACGCUUAUAAGUUGGAAGCUUGUCGCGCGGCCUUGAAGAUUUUUCGCAGCGCUGUCUUAAGGUCUGCCGCCCCAUUCCGCGUUCCUUUUCGCGUCGCUUUGCUUAACGGGGUCGGCGGUGUAAGCUGUGUGCAAAUAGGGAGGCUUACAAGGAUGACACGGGAUACCUGAGGGAGAAGGAAAAGGACUGGGAAGAUUAGGCCUGGGGUACAGUGGGCGGGACACAGCGUGCCCAGGUGGGCGGGGGUGCGCCCGGGUCCUCGGGGGCACGUGCGCUCCCGGGCGGAGUGGAGAGCUGGCCGGACGUGAGCCUGCGCAGUAGCUGGCUCGGGGGCCACCAGGCUGCAGCGAGAUCCCUGAAGUCGGCCACCGUGAGCUGUGUUGGUGAGCCACCGAGAGAGGGCCACCCUGCCGUUGGGCCCCUUAUAACUGAUAAGUAGAACUCUUAAACCUUUUCUAAUUACUUAAAAAGCUCAUGUCAUCAUAAGCUCAAGUGUGGGUUGGGUUUGUUCCAGGUUUCGCAAGAAGGUGGGGUCUCUUGUCCAGCACCCAGCAGAGACAUUUCCCGUGUCUACCGCAGAUGCCACAGAGGGUGGGUCUCCCACCCCUCUCUCAAGAGCAGUUUACGAUGCUUAAAUACUUUGAGAUUUUAUUUUUAAGUGGUACCUACCCCCAAGGUCCGGCUGGAACUCACAACCCAGAAAUCAGAAGUCACACGCUCUACGACUGAGGCAGCCAGGCAUCCCCUGACGGUUAAAUGUUUUCAAGUCAAAGGAUCUUAAUGAUUAUGUUUGAUGAAAUAGUAAUGAUUUGCUCUUUUUUGAAUUUUAGAUCUUUGGUGAAUGAGUGUUUCCCAAAGAGCAGAUCAUGAGUAGGGAAAGCUGACUGACAAGGACGCCUGUCUGUUGGAAGAGGAGCCUUUGAUAGACAGUGUCUGAAUAUUCUCAGCCACCUUCAUGUAUUGUAAUGGGCUCAAAGAAUUGAUUAUCUCUCCCUCCCAGAGAAAGAAGGUUAAAACCACUCCUUUUGAUGCUUCCGAAGACCAACAUGGAGGCACAUUUGGAACCCGCUAUUUACGGUGUUCCCAAUAUAUGUUAUGUAAUUCUGAUGAGGGAAAUUAAUUUUUUAAGCAUGACUCUAAGAAAACAUAGCAGAGUGACAAAAAGCAUAUUAGCAUAGGGAAAAUAACAUCUACUUAAAACGUAAAUAGUAAGUAAUUACGGGAAUUCUAAUUGAAUUCCAAAAUACCCUAGUAGACUUAGCGUGGAGCUCAGUACUUUGAGGGAUCACAAGCAUUAAAAACAAAUCCGUCGAUCCUCAUUUGUUAUAACAUUUUACUUUCCAGAUCGGUGUAGACUGAGUUUACUACUUACUAAGAACUUAAGGGUACGAUACGUGCUCACAAAUGGAGGCGAGGUGAUUUGGAUUCCGAACCCAAUCCGCUCUUUGAUUAUGACGGGAAAAGUUUGCAUUGAAAGUCACUGGCAUGUAAUUAGAUGGAAUCAUACACACCUUAUGGCUCCUUACUUGUUCAUCCAGUGAUGGGGGUUGACCUCUCUGUAGCAAUAGUGGGUAAUUGGGAAACAGGUUAGAGUCUGUGGUUAUGAAAGUUACCGGUUAAGUAUGUUUAGAAAUGACCGGUUUCAUCUUGAUGCAUGUGCCAGAGGAAUGAAGUUUACGGUUUCGGUUACAAGUUUAUUCAUUCUGGUGAUCUGUGUGCUUGCUCGUGACUCUGCUCACCAACCAGGAGGACAGCUUGGCAGCCUGGUUAAGCAUCUUAAGACAGACAGACAUCCUGUUGCCUGACUUUAUCGGCCUUUUAUAGGAGCAGAAUGCAGAAAUGAUAGUAGAAAGAGAAUUUAGAGCAAAAGGACACAAGGUUCGUUGAAAGAAAUGUAUCGCAGCACAUUUUUCUCUAGAAUGUUCUUAUAUUUAUGCUAAAGCUUUUAUAUGACAUGGAACCAGGCUAAUAUUUUCUUUCCUUAAAUAUCGAAUUCAUGAAAUAUGAUCACUGUGAUUUUGCUUGAGAAACCAUUCCUGUGAUGCUUACUGUUCAAAAACAAAAUGCCACGGAAGGGGACUUCCGAACUAGAGUCACCCGCACAGGGGGUACCGGGGGACUUGGGGAGCGUCGGGUGUCCGGUGCAGACAGGCUUGCAAUCACACACCCACCUGCAGCUCUGUAUUUUGUUUUGUGACUUGAUUUAAUAAAGAAGUGCUGGUCCUAGACCUUGCGGCGCUUCCGGGGGGAACUGGCCGUGGAGCCCUGGGGGCUCGUCCCGGUGGAAUGCCCGAGGACAUCUGGGGAGGCCUAAGGGUGAGUGAGGGCUGUAGAAUCUUCUGUGUCUUAUUUCUAAAUAGGAAUACCUCAUAAAAAUUACUGCAGGACCUGGCACGCCAGGAGGACCAGUUGAUUUUGCUUUCGGGGGGCGGGCGGUAUUUGCAGGUGCAGCCGCACGGGUUUGUACUAGUCACAUGAGCCAAAAAGCCAUCCCUCUGGGGUCGCCGAUGCGGAGGGUUGCGUGGGGAGGGGGCGGCGGGCAGUCCCUGCGGGGACUGGCCUCUGAGGGCUGUUGUUGCCAGGAGGGGGUCUAUUCGUGUACCACGUGAUGUUCCGAGUCUGCACCCAGCACUGUGCGGGAAUGCCUUGGUGUAACUCGUUACCCGUGUAGGUGCAGACAUGCUCCUGAUGACCGAUCUGUCAGCGGCAAGUGAAGCCAGUGUCUGGAGGACAACCAUCCACAGUUCUCAUACAAUUCAUCCCCGCACGCUGACAUUUCUACAGAUUUGAGAGAGCGGUGGCAUCGUCAGGGGAAACUGUGGUGGACAUGAAAGCUUGAUGCUUUGGUUGGUUACCAGUAGUGGUUUUGUACUGUCCGUCGAGGUUCAUUUGAAAGCCAGAGACACGGGCUUCACUUCCUGGGUUUUCUCUUGGUCUCGGGAACAGCCUCAGCACCGGCGCGGACGGCUCGGCAGCUUUCUGGAGCUGCGUCCGGGACCUGCUGAUUGGAGUUCUGCGUCUCUGGUGGCCCCUCUCUCUUUUUCUCUAAGAGAACUAGCCGAAGCUGUGGACAUGCUUUGGCUCCAGUGAAAGAUCUUACAGCGUGGGUUCUGCCGCAGACGCCUGAGAAGCGGAGCCCUCUGCUGUAUUUCUGUCGCUUUCCACUGUUGCCUUAGUAAUGCUGGUAGCAGCCGCUUCGUCUGUGGGUCUCUCGGGUAACUUCCUGGGCAAGCUUUGGAAACGGGAUGUGUUGGAGGCCCUUUGCCGUUUUUCCUGAAGUCAAGGUAGUUUCUGGACGCAGCCGGCUGUGACACCUUGUGGGGGUGAAUGUAAGCAAAGGUGCUGUGUUGUGUUGUCUUAUCUCAGAUGCUUUCCUGGCUUACAAAAUGUUUUAUCUGGGCAUUAACGAAACGAAGAAGACGGUGGCACUCACAAUGAGCACCCGGUCCAGGGGCGCCCGCCUCCCCGUCAGUAAGCAGUCGGCACUCGACCCGCACACGGGGAAAUGCCCGGCGGCCACCGGCCCUCACGCCCCACCUGCGGGCACAGCUGCUCUGCGCGUGCUCAGUGAAUCACUUACAAUGAGCUGAAGUGCAGGCUGGAUGUGUUCUCACGUGAUACCGAGGCUCCUCCAAAACUCUUCCAAGCCACAAACAACUGCAGUGUGGCGUUGAUUAGAGACCCACCGUCCCUGCUCGUGGCCCGGUUCAGGCCAGCUGAUGCUUGCGUGCAGUUAAUGUAUUUAUUAACGCUUUGGUAUUCACCACCUGGGCACAAAUGCUGUAAAACCUUGUAUGUGUCUGCGUAUGCCGAGAUGAAAUAAACCAGCUCCUCAAGUCUGUGA